UGCGCCCCACCUUGUUUCGGUCACGUGACGUGACGUGAGUUUACGAAGAUGGUGGAAGUUUCUUUUCCCUUGAAGUAAAGCCUCGCCUGAAAUCUAAACAUACUGCAGACCGAGGGCUGGGACUUCACUGCAGCGUCAUCAGUUUGGUUUUACAUCCUCCCUUCGGAUCCAGGUAUUCAGCCCAGCCCUAUGUCAUGGCCAGUGGAGUCACCAAGUUGGGCACUUCCAACGGUUACCCUAUGAAGGCACAGCUACAAAUCAUUGUGUUAUCAGCAAAACUAAAAGAGAACAAGAAAAACUGGUUUGGUCCCAGUCCUUAUGUGGAAGUGACAGUCGACGGCCAGUCCAAGAAAACAGAGAAAUGCAACAACACCCACAGCCCCAAAUGGAAGCAGCCGCUCACUGUGAUUGUGACUCCAUUCAGCAAACUGGUGUUUCGCGUCUGGAGCCACCAGACACUGAAGUCAGAUGUGUUGCUAGGCAUGGCCACGCUGGACGUCAGUGACACACUCAAGUCUAACGACAUGAAAAUCUCUGAGGUGGUGCAGACCUUACAGCUGUGUGCAGACAGAGACCAGUCAGAUGUGGUGGGAGACCUGUCUGUCUGCCUGGACGGCAUGACUGUCGAGCCCGAGAUGUUCGCCACAGCUGAGGCUGACCAUCACAGUACAUCAAAUGGGGAAUCACAACCAAAUGGGGAUCAUGCAAUAAGGCGGAGUCGAGACAGCUCUCCAGCUGUGGACGGUGCAGAGCACAGGUCUUCUCCCAGUGGCCAGAGGUCAGUGAACAGCACAGGGUCUCCCUCAAUGUCAUCAGGGGGCUCGAGGCCUCUCCGACCACCCAGGCCCUCCAGACCUCCUCCUCCAACCCCCCGCAGACCCACCUCUUCACCAGCAUCUUCCAGCAACAGCUCUGCACCAGCUGAUGGCAGUGACGGUCAGUCAGGUUCUGAUACACCAGUGCGAACACCAGCCUCAGGACCUUCAUCAGCCCCAGACUCAAGUCCAUUGGUAGGCUCAGACAGGAACUCCGUGUCGGCCACCAGCUCUGAAGUUGCAGCAACCAGACAGCCAACCAGCACCAUCACCCCUGCUGUCACUCCCAGGGUCCCCGCUGUCAACACUGGACCGUUGCCCCCUGGGUGGGAGCAGAGAGUGGAUCAGAACGGCAGGGUGUAUUUUGUCGAUCAUGUGGAAAAGAGAACAACGUGGGAACGCCCCGAACCACUGCCCCCUGGCUGGGAGCGUCGGGUCGACCAGAUGGGGCGGGUCUACUUUGUUGAUCACAUCACGCGAACCACUACGUGGCAGCGCCCCACAAUGGAGACAGUGCGCAACUAUGAGCAGUGGCAACACCAGCGUAGCCAGCUACAGGGUCACAUGCAGCAGUUCAACCAGAGGUUCAUAUUCGGGCUACAAGACCAGGUCUCAGCCACUCAGAAUAAGGAGUUUGAUCCUCUCGGGCCUCUGCCACAUGGAUGGGAGAAGAGAACGGAUGCGAAUGGCAGAGUUUAUUUUGUACAUCACCCUACACGGUCAACACAGUGGGAAGACCCACGAACACAGGGGUUGCUGAAUGAGAAGCCACUUCCAGAGGGCUGGGAGAUGAGGUUCACUGUAGAUGGUAUUCCCUACUUUGUAGACCACAACAGGAGAACGACCACCUAUAUUGACCCUCGCUCUGGAAAAUCCUCACUUGAAAACGGACCACAGAUCACCUACGUUCGAGACUUUAAAGCCAAAGUACAGUACUUCAGAUUCUGGUGCCAGCAACUGUCAAUGCCUCAACACAUCAAGAUCACAGUAUCCAGAAAAACCCUGUUUGAGGACUCCUUCCAGCAGAUAAUGAGCUUCAACGCUCAAGAUCUGCGAAGGAGACUAUGGAUCAUCUUCCCUGGAGAAGAAGGCCUUGAUUACGGAGGCGUUGCCAGGGAGUGGUUCUUCCUGUUGUCCCAUGAGGUUUUAAACCCCAUGUACUGCCUGUUUGAAUAUGCCGGUAAAGAUAACUACUGUCUCCAGAUCAACCCUGCCUCCUACAUCAACCCUGACCACCUCAAGUAUUUCAAGUUCAUAGGACGCUUCAUUGCUAUGGCUCUUUUCCAUGGCAAGUUCAUCGACACUGGUUUCUCACUGCCAUUUUACAAGCGCAUCCUGAAUAAGCCAUUGGCCCUCAAAGACCUGGAGUCAAUAGACCCAGAGUUCUACAACUCCCUCAUGUGGAUCAAGGAUAACAACAUCGAGGAGUGUGGGCUGGAGAUGUUCUUCUCCGUUGACAAAGAGAUCCUGGGGGAAAUCUCCACCCAUGAGCUGAAAUCAGGAGGAGGGGACAUCCAAGUCACUGAGGAGAACAAGGAGGAGUACAUCAGGCUGGUAGCAGAGUGGAGGCUGUCCAGAGGAGUGGAAGAGCAAACGCAGGCUUUCUUUGAAGGCUUCAACGAGGUCCUCCCUCAGCAGUACCUGCAGUACUUUGAUGCUAAAGAGCUUGAGGUGAUGCUGUGUGGUAUGCAGGAGAUCGACCUUGCAGACUGGCAAAGAAACACCAUCUACAGACACUACGCACGAAGCAGCAAACAGAUAAUGUGGUUCUGGCAGUUUAUAAAGGAGAUGGACAAUGAGAAGAGGAUGAGAUUGCUGCAGUUUGUCACCGGUACCUGUCGCCUACCUGUAGGAGGCUUUGCUGACCUUAUGGGAAGCAAUGGUCCCCAGAAGUUCUGUAUUGAAAAGGUGGGAAAAGAAAACUGGCUUCCCAGAAGUCACACGUGCUUCAACAGACUGGACUUGCCACCCUACAAGAGCUAUGAGCAACUGAAGGAGAAGCUGAUGUUUGCCAUUGAGGAGACAGAAGGCUUCGGACAGGAGUGAGAGGAAACCAGGCGAAGUUUAAAUAGUGGGUGCAGGAUUCUGAAGGAAUAAAGACUACGGUGUUCAAAUCAGGGAGCCUCUUUAGAAAAGACAGGUGUUUCGUGUGUUUGUGCUCAUGCAUGUAUGCACACACCUGUGUGGUACUUUAUGGGUGCAUGUGUGAGACUGUUGCCUGCAUGUUGCAAAGGAGCUGGGAUUUGUGUACACCAUGCUCGCAGCAGGCCUCUCAGUGCUUGAUUUUGUACUCUUUUAAACCAAAACACAGAAGCUGCUCCUGUCUCUGAGAAUGUGCGGCAAAUUAUGCAUGGGAUCCUGAAAACUCACCCUCUACGACAUCUCUUUAAUGGGGCUGCAGUAGUUUUUCCACCCCCCAUGUGAUCUUGUAAUGGCAGGUAACAGGGUGGCCUUGAGGUUACAGUUAAAAUCUCACAACCAGAUGGGUCACAAGUUCUAACAGUAGUGUCAAGGUGUCUUUGACUACCUGAUUUCUUCUUAUUAAGUUGCUCUGCAUUAAAGCAUCUGGUAAAUGUCAGUGUUAAAUUUUAAGGCAAAAUUGAGAGGAUGUGCUUUUCCUAAAACAGGGUUAAGUUUCGCCAAAAAGCAAACUUUGUUGCUCAAAGAUUGUUUGUUGCAUUAGAAUGAGUUGCAUCCACAUCAAUGUCAUUCCUCAUCAUAUUCUCAAAUCUUUCACACUUUAAUCUGCAUCUCUACUCAUGACUAAGUGGAUCUUUUUUUCUUUUCUUUUUUUUUUUUUAAAGUGAACAGUAACACCGACUCCAAAUUAACACUUAAAUAACAGACAAUCUAUGUGCUUCGAAGAGAUUUGGGAGACAUCCCUAAUAUAAGUAACAAGAGAGAAACAGUUUUGUGUUCCUGGUUCUAUAGUAUUUGAUCUGUGAAUCACUUAAUGAUUGUAAAAAGUGUUGUAACCUCCAUUAUUUAUAGUGGUGGGACAUGUGGAAGACAACAGAACUUAAACUGACCCUAGUUUUAUAGGGAUGGAGUUAUGCUGUGAUGCAGAAUGGGACGUCUUGGAUUAGUAGAGUAUUCUGGGAGAAUCGAAGUUAUUCAUCUUAAUAUCACCUUCAGAUACAUUUUACACCUUCCUUUUAAUUCAUGUGGUGAAAACAAGAUCCUGAAGAAAUCCAUUUGGGAAGAAUAUAGUAUGCAGUGUAUUCAGUACUCAAGAUGUACUCGACUUAAUGUGUCAGAACUUUUAAAAGACUCAAAACACAAGUGAAAAACACCAAAUGCAAGUCAAACCAAAUCCAUGUUUUUAAAAUCUUAACUGACAUGAAUACUUUGCAAAACUCUAAAAGAAAUUGUAUGUAGCUCCUCAUACACAUGUAGCAUUUAAAGGUGAGUGAUAGCGCUAUUGUCUUAUUUGAACUAUUUUCUUGCCCCGCAACAAACCAGAAACUGAAUUGGAAAAAUAAAUUGAAAAUCUGUCAUUUUACCUCAGGAAUUUGAGUCAGCAUUCCUCUGAUGUCAUUUGUUGUUUUACAGACAAACAUACUGCUUCAAAACAUUUCUGAGACAUAUUUUAUGUAAAGAUUCUUAGUGUGGCGUUGAUUAUGGAUCCCAAGAACAGCCGAUUUUGGCAGGUUAGUGUUCGUUAAUUACAUAUGUGUGUGUGCACUGUGCACAAAGAAACCUCCAAAUGCUUUACUAAUGUGGAAUCCAACGUUGAGUGUGUAAACAGUCUUUAUUUUGUAAGUGCAAACACUUGUUUGGUUUGACAUUGCACAACAUCUGAUCAACACUAACAGAUUUAAAGAAGAUGAUUAAUCAAAUUUAUCUAUAUGAAAUAAAAACACCCGGUAGUGUGGUUGCUCAUUUUGCAGUGUCUUUUUUAAUAAGUUAAUUACUCACUGGAAAGACAGGCGUGGUUACUUAGGAACAUAGGAUUCCGGUGUUAGUCUGACAAAGCACAGCACUUUUUAAAAUUUCCCUCCACUUUCUUUUCAUGCAGCAUGAAGGGCAUCAAGUCCCGGAUGUUAUUAACUCUAGGCUCUUUAACACGUGCAUGGUGAGGUGGUGUUUGUCACUAGCCUUCAGGUAGCCUUAUUUCCACCCUUAGGUAUCAGGUAUCCUUUUAGCAACUUGAUGCCAGCAGAGAUGAUCGACCACGUGGGCUGAAUGGUCAAAUUAAUCCUCUGCUUCUGGGUCAGUCCUUCUCGACCCUGCUGUGGAGAAGUAACCAGACCAACAGGAGUUUGAGAAAUUCUUUUGAAGAAUCUGAACCAGUGUGGAAAAGCUACACUUGAGCUGAUGGCACAUAGCCUGUUUCAAUGGCUAAUUGUGACUUCAGCUGGGAUAACAUCUACUGAGACAAAGUCAGUGUAAUAUAACGAAUGUAUCAUGAUGAAAAGUAGAUUGGUAAAGUUUCCCAUUUACAUUUUUGCCUCAGAUCGUUACCCCUGAUGCAAAGUGUUUUGAUCUUGUUCUGGGUCGAUCACAUAUUAAAAGCCCGGGGACAUAGUAGUUAAGCAAAUAUGUAAAUAUCAUAAUUCACUGCUUUGUUUUUGUUCUCUAGAGUUUUCCAUGUACAACUAAACCACUGUCACUCUGUACAUGAAAACGAGUUGUAAAUGGUGUCAAUAACAAAUUUUCUUUUGUAAAAGAAAGGUUUUAAUAAGAGGUUUAUGGUAACACUAUAUUUUCUUUUCCCUGUUUAAUUUCUGAUGUACAUGAAAAAUGUGUAAUAUAGAAAUUGUCACCUUAAUAAAUUAAAUCAAAAAUG